GAAAUACUCGUGAACGUUUCGAUUGUGAGCCAUUGCUUGCACUCAUUUUCGACGGAAGACUAAUCAGUGCUAGAGUUUUGCAGCAGCGUAACUAUAACUUCUGUCUGGCAACAUGAAUCGAGUGUGGCUAUUAGCUGUAUUGCUUGAAAUAUUGUUGCUGCAAGCAGCACUGUCGAAUAACACACGUUGUGCCAAUCGGCCAGACGGCGUAUUCAUAAAUGAUUUUACCGCUUGUGACGCUUUCUACACGUGUUUGCGCGGAGAGGCCUUCCCAGGCGUAUGCCCCAUUGGGUUUGUAUUCAACGAAGAAUUGCAACUGUGUGAUCACCCAUGGAAUGUGAAGUGCUUGAUCUGCCCUGAAAGUGACAGUUUUGAGGCAACAUUUGAGCCAAUCGAUGGCGAGUGCACAUAUUAUUCGGUUUGUGUUCAAGGUAUUGGCGAACUGCGUGAAUGCGCCCAAGGACUUCAAUUUGAUCCUGUAGAAAAAACAUGCGAUUUGGCAGAAAAUGUGAACUGCGAAAUUCCCCUCUGUCCAAAUAAUGUGAAUCCCAACGUACCAAUUUCGGUGCCAAAUCCAUCUGACUGUUCGAGGUAUUACAUUUGCUUCAUGGGUGAAGCAUCUGAACGUGAAUGUGCACCGACAUUGCUUUUUAAUCCUGAAACCAGACUGUGCGACUUGGAAGAAAAUGUCGAAUGUGAAGAGGGAGUACCAUCACCUACAUCGUGUCCUCCAACUGGAAUUCACUACGUGGGCAAUCCAGCAGACUGCGUCUCUUACUUUGUUUGUCUGAACGGAGAAAAGAGUCCUACGCCUGUUAGUUGUGCUGCAGGAUUAAUAUUUGACAUAACGGAUUCUGUAUGCCGUCCUCCCAAUGAAGAAUCGCGCUGUGCCAAUGGAGAAGAACCAACUGUUCCUGCUCUGAUGGUAUAGAGUGCACGAAUCUUAAAUGUUAAGUUGUUAAUCGACGAAUGCGGAAAACUGUACAAAAGUAUCAUAUAAAGUAAUUCAAUAAUUACGUCGUUUCA